UCUUUCCAAUGCGUUAUUUGAAGGAAAAUGUAAGGAAAAGUCUGCUUGAAUUACACAGUUGGAGACUCAUUUUUUACUGCGAUUAAAGUGCAUGUUGGCAUGAGAAACAUUAUUAUAACAUUAUUGCAGUUUAUAAUUUGUUUAUAUUAUAGAACUACACUUGUGUGAAGUUCUGCACAACAUAUUGUUAUCAACAAAGAAACCGCGUUAUUUACAUUGUAAAUUACAAUUAAUUAUUUACAUAUAUUUUCUUUGCUAAAUGGCGUCAGCAGCAACAGAAGCCUCGCUCGGUCUGAUAUACCAGUGAAUAACUUCGUACCUUUGUGUUGCUAAAAUCGCGACAUAUUUAAAAAUGCUGUCAAUUUAGAAAUUAAAAAUCUUUAAAUACACACAGUACCUGCACAUGCUAUCAGCCAGGCGCCAAAAAAUAUUGACAUCGGGAAUCUGCUAAUAUACAGACAAUUGCUAAACACUUCUCUUUUCACAAAACGGAGAUGCUAAAGCUGAAGCCUGAAUUGAGUGAUCCAGCAGAGACCGCCCUGUAAACGAGACAGCAGUCUGACGGGGUUCUGUCUAAUCUUGGGAAAUUAAACCUAAAAAGAAAUGAUCACAAUGUUAGUUUUCAAAGGACAGUCUAUUUCUACUACCAAUAAGAAACCCUGCAUACAGACUUCUGACUUAAAGUAGUUUAACAUCAGCGCUGAGGAUAUAUUCACGAAUAGGCAGCAGUGUGGAGUAGUGGUUAGGGCUCUGGACUCUUGACCGGAGGGUUGUGGGUUCAAUCCCCAGUGGGGGACACUGCUGUUGUACCCUUGAGCAAGGUACUUUACCUAGAUUGCUUCAGUAAAAACCCAACUGUAUAAAUGGGUAAUUGUAUGUAAAAAUAAUGUGAUAUCUUGUAACAAUUGUAAGUCGCCCUGGAUAAGGGCGUCUGCUAAGAAAUAAAUAAUAAUAAUAAAAUAAUAUACAUAUUUAUUUUGUAUUGGCCUAAAGUUUAGAGAAAGAGAAAUGGGUUGUUUUAAGUAUAGUUGUUUUGUGCAGCUACUGGCAGUACCAAAACUCAGUUGCCUUAGUGCCAAGUUGUCCAUCUGUGUAAACAAUGGACCAAUCUACUUAGGAGCAAGGGUUGUGUUGUGUAUUUUUAUAAAUUCUAAUGCACAGCUUGCAACUCGCCCUGGUCCUGCACCCAGACCAGUUUUUUAGAACUACCCACGGUUUAUAAUUUAAAUGAUCAUGAGCCAGGAGUUUGACUUAAAUACAUCACUCCUCCCUCUGCAUCAACAAAUCUUAAUAGUAAACCAAGACUCAGCGUGAUUUAUUAUCCCCUGCUGGGGAUGAAAUCUCCUUUCAGGGAGAUGGAGUGGAGGCAGUCAUACUGUGUGUAGGUAUAUGACACUUCACAUUUGUCCAUAUCUGGAGAGCUGCUUAUCCAGUUAUCAGGAAACUUUGUAUUAACCUUAUUUAGUUAUUAAGAGUAUCAGAUUCUGGGUAUAUAAGGAGGUGUUUGUCUGUCCGUUCAUCCAUUAAACAUGUCAUUGCUAAUUCUUAUACUAUUCUGUACAUACUGUUGGUACACAUCAUGGUCAUCAACUUUUUCAUCAUACGGACAUACUUGUUAACUACUUUCUGUCAACACUAGUCUGGUUGGGGGGUUGUGAUUGAAGUCUUUAAAAUCACUGGGUCGUGCUGUGACGAGAAGUGUGGUCAGUUACAUCAGAGCAGAUUUACCAGGGGCCUGAUUGUUCAUAUUUCUGGCACCUGGUCAUUAAAAAAAAUAAAUAUAAAAAACAGGAGUUUCAGUCUCUACUGAUGGGAACAAAUCUGCUCCAUGACUGCCUCUACUUACAAAGAAGACUUAUUGUGUAUAUCUACUGUAUUAGCUGGUAUUAAAUAAAUCCCCUUGCAUUUUCUGUCAUGGUGUCAUUGCUAGUGGGGUGAAGGGAUGAGGAAUGCCUGCCUCGCUGGUCUUCCUGUGUGCCCGCAAGGUAGUGUCGGAUCACGGCUCUGCUCUGCGCUCGCUGGCUUCUCUCCCGCAGGAGCUCUACCCCGUCCUCUUCAAGGCCGCGUUCCUAGACCAGCGGCCUUUAGUAAUCGGGGAGCUGGUGUUGCGCUGGCCGGAGCGGGUGCUGAGUCUCACACGCAGCCUGCGGGCCUGCCAGCAUUGCUGCCUGGACCUCAGCCGGGACUGGCCCAGUCGAGACUGCCUGCAGGCUGUGCUGCUCGCCGUGGUCAAGGGGCUGAGGGAGAGGGACAGACGGGACAGGAACGCUCUACGUGUUCUGGACCUGUGUGGAGUCCAGGACGAGGGUAGCCGUCGCGAGCCCAACACCAUGGGCAGUUGGUUCAGGACAGUGGCUCUGUCCAAGGCCUGCCUGGAGGCACGGGGGAGGAGAAGGGGCGGGGAGUCCACAACCAAGCGCAGACGGGGAGUCUCUUCACCCGCAGUGGAGGUUGAGGUGCGGGCGGACCUGUUUGUGAAUGGCAGCUCCUUCGAGACGGUGCGGCAGGCCCUGCGUGGUUUGGGUCCCCUGAGGCUGGUCUGCAGGGACCUGCGUGCCGAAGAGCUUUCCACUCAGCGCACUGCCUCGCUGCUGGACAUGCUGGAGCCCUCCGCCCUACGCAGAGUGGAUCUCAGGUACAACAACCUGGGCCUGGCUGGCAUCGCCCUGCUCCUGCCACGCCUGGCAUCCUGCCCCUCACUGCUUAGCUUACGUCUGCUCUACAGCAACGUGGACGUGCACCGACCCACCCCUGGGAUGGAGGCAGGACUGAGGGAGCUGGCCGGGGGGCUGGGUGGGCUGCGGAACCUGCGGGAGAUCAACCUCACCUCCCUGCGCCUCUCGGGCAAGCUGCGGCUCCUGCUGAGUGCUCUAGAGAGACCCCUAGAAGUCCUGGAGCUGCCUUACUUCUCCUUGACCCCAAGCGAUCUCUCCUACCUCUCCUCCAGCCCCCAUGCUCCUGCCCUGCGCAAGCUAGACCUCAGUGGGAACAGCCUGAGUGUGGAGCAGCUGCCGUCGCUCCAGAGACUGCUGUCUCUCUCUCGCUCUCUCUCCCACCUUGUGCUCUCAGGCUGCAGCCUCACAGACUCCCUGCUGGGGGCGCUGCUUCCUUCCCUGGGUCUCUGCCGGGGCCUGCAGAGCCUGGGCCUCUCCCUGAACCCCCUGUCCACCCGUGGGCUCCUGUCCCUGGCACACACGGCCAUCUGUCUGCCCCUGCUCCAGCUGCUGGUCUACCCCCAGCCCACCGACUGCUACGAGGAAGGUCUGCCCCAGCCGCCCUCCUACUACAACCUCAUGGAGUUCCCCCUGGACCAAGGCAAGCUGGCCCGUGCCACAGAGGAGCUCAGGGAGGUGCUGGAGAGGGCAGGCAGAGCUGACCUGGUCCUCUCCACUGACCUGUACAGCCACAGCACUGCUGAGCUGCUGGAGGAAUGAGGAGUGGAGAUACACAGCCAGACAGACCAGCCAGCAAGACCUCUUCAACACUGGGUCUGACACACACUCGCUUCCUCUGUACUGAUCUGUACAGCCACAGCACUGCUGAGCUGCUGAAGGGGAGGAGUGAGGAGUGGAGACACACAGACACACCAGCCAGCAAGACCUCUUCAACACUGGGUCUGACACACACUGACCUCGUCCUUUCCACUGAAGUGUGUUUCAAUACAGCAAUGAGUGUUGUGCACAGUACAUAUUUAGAAUAAUGUGUCCAGGAGGGUUAAGCAGUUGUAUUCUGAUUUUUUUUAUUUUUUUUUAUUUAUUUAUUACACUAAAGCAUGUUUGAAUUUGUUUACGUAAUUUUGUACAUCCAUUGUGAGUCUAAACCUUACUGGGCUGUUUUUUUAACCAGUGUGAAGAUAACAAAAACAAAACAAGAUAGAAAUUUACACCCAAGAAGGGUAAUUUAGGGGAACCUAAGUUGUUUCUUAUUGAAUCUGUAAUAUGUCUUCCUUACAGAAAAUACAACUACAAUAAAAAAGCAUUACUAUAUACAUAUCAGUAUUAAUGCCGGGACGAACAUUGGGGUUUCAGUAUUCUUUCAUAUUGAAGUAGCUGAAGGAAAACAGAAAUACAUACCUAUACUACAAAAAAAAAAACUCCUGGGAGUAAAAUAAAGUGUGGUUUGAGAACCAGUGGUCUAGUAGAUAUAUAAAUGAAGCAUCACAUGUCUUCAUGAUGACUUCUUCAAUUUAAGUUGCUACAAUAGUGUCCUGUAAGAUAUGUCUUUUUAAAUGCCUGCGUUAAGGUGCAGUAGUGUCUACAGUGCCCUGUAAGAUACAGUGCCUUGCGAAAGUAUUCGGCCCCCUUGAACUUUG